CAUCUUUCCUGAGGAGCACUGAGGCCGGCCUGACUCUCACCAUCAUGACCUCCUGGAAAACAGUCCAGAACCUGACCAUAUGGUUGAUGAUGCUUCUGCUUUGCUCCAAUAAGCUGAGAGCACAGCUCGGGACGACCCCCAACAUCAGACCCAUCGUGGUGGGACGCUGUUAUAGUUACAUCACCCUGGUCAACCCCAGUCUGAGGUUUGACUGUGAGGAGAUGUGGAGACGGUUUGAGGAGGCGGUGCUCCGUCAGUCUUCUUGUAAUGUGACGGUGGAGAAUUAUCAGCAGAUGUUUUAUUCCAUCCCACAAACUAGCCCGUGUGACAGGUUUCUCUUCUGGAGUAAAACCAGGACUCUGAUGCAGAGCUACAAAGCUGCAGUCCGAGACUCCUGGACGCUGGAGGACACGCUGGUGGGCUUCUUGUUCAACGACCUCAUCUGGUGCGGACAAGAGGAACAAGCAGGUUUUGAUUUCAGCUCUUGUCCAGCCUGGUCAGCGUGUAGGAACCAUGCUGUGUAUUCUCUGUGGCUUCAGGCCUCUCAGACUUUUGCAGAAUUGGCGUGUGGCAACAUCACUGUGUUACUAAACGGCUCCAUCGUCAACGCCUACGACAGGAAAAGCAUGUUGGGAAGUGUUGAACUGGACAACCUGAAUCCACAAAGGGUGAACUAUGUCAACAUCAAGGUGGUGGCCGAUCUACAGGGACCUUUUAUAGAAUCAUGUAGUCAAGGAUCCAUCGUGGACCUGAUCCACAUCCUCCAGUCCAGAGGAUUCCACUUGACGUGCUCAGACAACGAUCAGGCCCUGAUGAUUCUGCAGUGCCUCCGGGACCCGAAACAAUCCGUCUGCCAGACAUACGCCAACAGCCUGUCACACAGACAGUCUUACAUCCAGCGUAAUCACACACAAGUUUAGCAUCUAGUGUGGAUUUAAAUACAUGAAUUUAACCUGAGGAGCUGCACUGUUGACUGUGAAGGUGUUUGGAUGAGUUGUUACAUAAAGUUUUGAAGAACAGUUGGUGACAGUCGGUUCAUGCUUGGGCCAAUGCUGGUAAAUCCAGUUACGUGUUUACUUUCUACUGUUUGUGAUGUGGAAUUAAUGGCUCCACGUUGUUCACACAGUAACUGGUGGAGCAAGUUUUUAAGUUUUGAUCCUGCUGCUCAAAAGCAUUUCUCAACACGUUCACUUCUGAUGGCGUCUGUCUGACCUUUGAAUUACAGCCCAUGUAGCUGAUUAGACUCUAAUUGCAUGAAACCUGUUUCUUCUUGCAUGAAUAAAUUGUGACAGCCCCAAUAUGUUAUAACAGUUU